AUGGCGGGACGGGCCGCGAUGCGAACCCCUGAACCGCCCGACCGCGACGAACUCGAAGAUUCACCACCACGAUUGUUGAGGCCGAGACGCACUACCAGACGACCCAGUAAUUAUGCUCGGGAUCAAGAGAUCGACAACGAGCAGAGGACGACACGCUCUCGACUGAGGAAGAAAACCCAAGACAAGCCAGUAACCCAACAUGACGGGGUCACUUCAGACGACUCCGCGACGGAGAGCGAGGACCUCAACACCGCCACACUCGUGAAGGAGCUCAUCAAACUCAGGCGAGAGAUCAGGCGACGUGAUAAAUUGCAUAAGGAAGAGAUUCAGAAAGUUAAAGAAGAAUUUAGCGCCGCCCUCACCGAAGUUCGACACGAGCUACAGACCCUGACAGAUAGACCCCCGACACCGCAAUCCCACACCGACGCAUACGCUCAGGACAGCCACGAUGAGAUCCUCCGCGAAAUUCAUUCCCUUCGCGAUACCAUCAGCCCUGCCGUUCCCACUGGCUCCCCGUCCUAUGCAGAUGUCGCCCUAGACACCUCGAAGAUGGCAGAACAUGAAAACGAGAGGAUGUCCGCUGGCCCAAUCCGGGCGGCGGUUGAGACAGAGAUCCGGACCAUGGAAGGCCACAUGCACUGGCGCUGUUGCGCUGUCACCGUGGACCCGAAGAAUAUCAGCCAAAUCAGAAUAGCGUGUCGCGAUGAAGACGAGCACCAGAUGGUCAAGAAACGUCAACACGGCCGCCGUGCUAGAGACGAAACAGAUGAGAUCCGAGCCGAAGCCGCGGCAGCCUUCAGCGAAGAGGAUGAAGCUACCGUGGCUAAGAUCGCAUGGCUAAGCAGAAAGGAUAGUGCGAAGCCAUAUGGGUCUACGGUCGUGUAUCUGACCAAAGUCACUUACGCACGGAGGCUCCUGGCAGACGGGUUCUUUCACGCUGGGGGAGAAUCUGGCGUGACCAGCACUUUUGAAUAUCGACCACGGCCGAUGCAAUGCUACAACUGCCAGGAAAUUGGCCACAAGGCAUUCCAAUGCAAGAACACCCAGAAAUGUGCAAAAUGCGCCGCGGAGGGCCACCGCCACAUCUACGUAGAGGGCGAAGAUACCUCAGCGUUGGACGACGCAUGCGAUCGUCUCAUAAAAGCGAUCACCAAGGUACGGCGAGACGCGGGAACAGUGGUGGAGAUCAUGAUCGUGGGAGACUUUAACCGCCACGAUCAGCUCUGGGGAGGAGACGACGUGUCUUUGGCAAGACAGGGAGAGGCGGAUCCAAUCAUCGACGUCAUGAGUGAGUUCGCUCUCUGUAGCCUGCUCAAACGACGCACGAAGACAUGGCAUGGUGGAGGGCAGAGUGGGGAGUGCGAGUCCACAAUCGACCUCGUCCUGGCCUCAGCCAGCUUCGCAGACUCGAUGGUCAAGUAUGCAAUGCGCGGAACGGAGCACGGCUCGGAACACCGCGCUAUUCAGACCGUUUUUGAUGCCCCAUGGCCAUAUCCACAGCAUCCGGAACGACUUUUGCUGAAAAACGCGCCAUGGAAGGUUAUCAAUGCCCGGAUUGCGACGGCGCUCGCCGUCACCUCGUCAGAAGGCACGGUGCAGCAUAAAACCGACCGACUCAUGUCUGUGGUGUAG